AUGACCAAACAUCAAUGUUUAGAUCAUCAUAGAUCAUUAGAAUUCUUUUGUUAUCAAUGUAAUAGUUCGAUGUGUUCAAAAUGUUUCACCAUUCAUUACAAAAAUCAUCCUGAUCAUUCCAAAUGGGAACAUAUCGAUGACACCGAUCUUUCAUUGAGUACAUUAAAAUUAGAUGAUAAUAAAGACACAACAACAACAACAAAUAAUCAUAUUAAUAGUGAUAGUACUAUUAAUAAUAAUAAUAAUGAUAUUAAUAAUUUCUAUUCACAAAUCAAUAAUAUAAUUAAAUCUCUUUGGGAAUCAUUAAGAUCAUCGACAUUCAGAUAUCAAGAAUUAUCAACAACAGAGAAUGAUAUCAAACAACACUAUGAAGAAUUACAUCGACAUCUAGUCAUAGAAGAAAAAAAACUAAAUAAAGAUAUAAUCAAUGAUAAACAUACAAUCACAAAUCAAAUCGAUAAUAAUAUAAAUCAUUUGAAAUAUUUAAUAAAUAUUAUAAUAAUAUUUAAUAAAUUAAAUAAUAUUCCUGAUACUAGUAAAACAUUUGAAAUAUUUAAUACAUUAAAGAAUAAGAAUGUUAGUAAUAGUAGUGAUAAUGAAUCAAUUAUUACAGAUACAACAACAUUAUAUUCAACAACAACAAUAAUGGAAUCAAUAACAACAAGUUCAUCAUUACAAUCAUUCAUCAAUCAUAAUAAUCAAACAUUAUUCAAUGAACAUAAUUAUAAAUAUAAUAAUUAUUUCAAUAUUGAUGAACUUCUCAAACAACAUUCCUCAGAUUCAUCAUCAAUAUUAUUAGAUAUCAUUCAUAAAUACAACAAUCAAUUCAAUGAAUCAACAACAAACACAGACAAUAAUAACUUAAGAUUAUCAUCAUAUAAAUUAUCAAUCAAACAACCUGAUUUCAAUCAAUUGAAUUCAAUCAUUGAACAAUCAAUCAAAUUUGAUAACAUUGAAUCAACUGAAUCAAUAAAUACAACAACAACAACAAACAACAAUGAUAAUAAACAAUCUUAUAUUUUUAUAGCACACCAAUCAAAUGGAGCAACACUGAUCAACACAUCAAACAACAAUUCAAUUGAAGAAUUAAAGUUUUAUUAUCAAUUUGAUAGUACAUACUCCUCGAUUGUUUCAAUUGGUGAAUAUAUCUAUAUAUUCGGUGGAUUUUUCAAUCAAAACAAAUGGAUUAUAAUAUCAAUGAAAUCGAAAUCAAUGGUAUAUAAAGGUGAUAUCGAAGGAAUAGAAGGUGAUUUUGAUAUAUCAGUUUGUUAUGAUGGUCAAGAUCAUAUCUAUUUAGUGAAUGGUUUUUAUUAUAAGAAAAGAAUUGAUCGAUUCAACAUCAAAACAAUGAAAUUUGAAUCAUAUCAUCAAUUACCUGAUGAAUAUUAUCGUCAAGUAUCAUCAAUGAUCUUCAAAGGUUCAUUAUAUUCAGUAUCAUUCGAUCAAAAUAAGCUAUUUCAAUUCGAUUUGACAAAUAAAACGAUAACAGAUCAUAAAAUUGACAUUUUACCAUUCACAGCAUGUCAUGAUAACAAUGGAAAUUUCUUCAUAUUAGAUAUGACAAACAAACGAUUCAUCAAAUACAAUGUUGAAACCAAACAAAUAAUCAAUCUCAAUGUUAUUCCUUUCACAAACCACCAGUUUCCUUAUGUUAUGUAUCAUCAAGAAUCACCAACAUCAAGUUAUAUCUAUUCAUUUGGUUCAUCUAAUGAUUGUAAUUUCAAAUAUUCAAUUGAAUCUAAUCAAUGGGAACCAUUCUUAAGAGAUAUUAAUUAUCAGAAUAGAGGACGGUGUGCAUCUAUAUCAAUUUCAUUUUAA